AUGAGACAGGUGUCACAAAAAUUGGGAGACAGUGGGCCGAGCUUCGGCGAAGAGGCGUCGUCGGGGACAGGUUCCGUGAAGCCGAACGGUGCCUGGAAAAAGCGAAAAGCUAUUCGUGCGCAAGAGACGCAGCUUUGUGGGAGCAAUGGAGCGAGGCGCUGGGAAAAUGCAACCAACCUAGAAGCUUCCGUCGCUUCUAAAAACAAUGGCGAA